UUUCAUGAUGUAUUUCCAUUCAGGAACCCAGUGGUAAUCACACUCCUCCUCAGUUGUCUCCAUCACUUAGCCAAAGCACUUACACCACUGGUGGCUCCCUAGACGUUCCUCACAUUAUCAUGCAGGGCGAUGCAAGGAGGAGAAGGAAUGAAAACUACUUUGAUGAUAUUCCCCGAUCAAAACUGGAGAGGCAGAUGGCCCAGUCGUCUGUCUGUGAAAUAUGGACGAAUCAGAACGCUGGAUUUCCUUUCUCAGCGAUCCAUCAGGUUCAUAAUACAGGGGACUGGGGAGAACCUUCCAUUACCUUGCGACCUCCAAAUGAAGCCACAGCCUCGACUCCUGUCCAGUACUGGCAGCAUCACCCAGAAAAGCUCAUCUUCCAAUCGUGUGAUUACAAAGCUUUUUAUUUAGGUUCUAUGCUGAUAAAAGAGCUCAGGGGGACAGAAUCAACCCAAGAUGCUUGUGCAAAAAUGCGGGCUAACUGUCAGAAGUCUACAGAGCAAAUGAAGAAGGUCCCUACUAUUAUUCUUUCUGUCUCCUAUAAAGGAGUCAAAUUUAUUGACGUAACAAAUAAGAACAUAAUUGCCGAGCAUGAAAUUCGUAAUAUCUCCUGUGCUGCCCAGGACCCAGAAGACCUCUCAACAUUUGCUUAUAUCACAAAAGAUUUGAAGUCCAAUCACCACUACUGUCACGUGUUUACUGCCUUCGAUGUGAAUUUAGCCUAUGAAAUCAUCCUGACACUAGGACAAGCCUUUGAAGUCGCUUACCAGCUAGCACUACAAGCAAGGAAAGGGGGACACUCCUCCACACUUCCAGAGAGCUUUGAAAGUAAACCCUCCAAACCCAUCCCCAAGCCCCGUGUCAGCAUUCGCAAGUCGGUGCAGAUCGACCCCUCCGAGCAAAAGACUCUGGCCAAUCUGCCGUGGAUCGUGGAGCCGGGACAGGAAGCCAAGAGGGGAAUUAAUACCAAGUAUGAGACCACGAUUUUCUGAUACCCGCCGUCCCCCUCCUCGCGGUGCCUUGCUCGCCAAGCCGUCGGGGCAGCCUUUCCUUCGCGCCUCGUUCCCACCCAGCCCAGGAGGAAACUGCUCUGCUUGUGUGGCCUGGUCAAGGGCCACAGGCCGCCGGCCCCUCCUGGGGGAGUUCUCUCUGCACCAGUGGCGGAAAACGCAACCGGACUUUCCAGUCGCAAGACACCCCCCCCCCAGAGGCUUAACAGGGGUUCCCCGCCCCCGAGAGGCUUGACAGGGGUUCCCCCCAAGAGGCUUGACAGGGGUUCCCCGAUGUCCCCAACUCCCCGCCCCCACCGCCCAAGGUAUUUCUACCGACUCCACCCCAAUACUUGCUUUGCUUUAUUUGGGGGUAGUACCUUUAAAAAAGAAAAUGUAAAAGGGAUCUCUAAUACUGCCUAAAAGUAUAAAAAUCUUGGAGUUAGAUUUUACUGUCAGCAGUUUCAAAGGUAAAAUCAGAGCAGAACUAACCCCAUAAAGCAUCUGUAAAAUCAUUGUAUCACUGAGUAUCAUUUAAUGCAAAAGGACAAAAACGACCCCCAUGUUCACCAGGAAAUUCUGUUUCCCACUUUCUAUCUUUGUGGAUUUUAUAUGUAAUCAACUAUGUCAGAUAAAGAAAACCUUCAAACCUAAAUGAUUGGUUCAAAAUUUAAGAAUGACUCAAAACAGGAAUUUAUUAUGCACAGGAAAAUGUGUCUUGUAUUAAAUAUUUUUAUUAAAAGAAUGUUUCAUUUAUGCAUUGAUAAAAAAAAAAAAACUAGCUUAGUUGUGAGGGAUGUUUCUGGUUUCAUUUCAAAUGACUAAAUUUCUACUGCUACUGCCAAGAGGACUGGCUCAGUUGUGGUAAAGUACCAAUGAUGCUCACCAGAGCAGGAGAUUCGGGCAUGCAGACUGGCUUUGAACCGAAAGUGCUGAUGCAGCCAUAAGCCUGCAAAGAUUGCUUUUUUAAUCUUCACAGUGUUUUAAAGAACAUGUUAAAGAACUAAUCUAGGGCUCCUGCUGUCAAGAUUUCUGUCAUGGAAACCUUGUUUGAGAAAGGUGUUAAUAAAAUUCUAUUGCAAAAAUUUUUUUUCUAGAAAAAAUAAAUACAAAAAAAAAAAAAAGAAAGAAAUUCCAAAGUAAUAAAACUUUUCUCGAAACAAAAAAUGUUUGCUUACUAUUUGAUUAAAUAAAAUUUACUUACAUUUCUUUAAGGUAUUUUAAUUUUUUUAAUGUCUCUGUGGAGUAUUUGUAUGAUACCAUAAUGUAUAUUUAUGUAGAAUCAAAUUAUAUAAACAGUACGAAUAUCAUUAUAGAAAAAAAUAACAUUUAAUGUAUAUUGUUCUAACCAAUCAUAUUGUGAAUCAUUUUGAAGUUCAUUAUAGAGAUAUUGAUAAAUUGUGGAAUUGUCUUAAUGUUUUUUUUAUUAACCUAUAUUAUUUUAAACCUGAGAUUAUCAGUUACAUUCAUCAGUUGGUGAGUUUUAAAGAAUAACUUUUAUUUCAAACUGACAAAUGUAUAUGGUUUUAGUUCAGUGUUGAAGAAUUUUAAUACAAUAUUAAAUUACUUGAACUGAAGAGUUCCUUGUAUAUAUUUUGCCUAUUCACUGUUGAUAUGUAUGUAGUAAACUGAGGGGAAAAUAACAUUGAAAUAUGCUACCGAAAGGAAAUUGUAUAGGAGCAAAGUAAAUAGGAGCUUUACUGAAACCGAAGCAUAUGUGUAAAUAAGCUUGGGCUUCCAGUUAUAAAUUUUGUAAUUUUUGUCAUUAUUUAUAUCCUAUAAAAAAAAAAGCACACAAAAUAAAACAGAAGUUGUA